CAGGUGGGCUGUGGGAGGCUACAAAAUGAGGCCACUGCCUCUGUCUACGGUCCAAGAGUCCAAGAGAGGAGCAUUUUCCCUCUUCUCUGACCAAGUGAUUAAGAUCCUAGGGUGGCCUUUGUGCCUAGUACUCACAGACAGGUAGGGUAUGUGAGAUAGAAACACCUUUGGGGAACACUAUCAGUGAUGAAAGCAGGCAGGCCUGACUCAAGUGGGUUUGGGGUUCAUUUCUGGUUUUUGGCUGCCACUGAUAAUCCAUCCAGUUGACCUGCUCUGUCCACUUCAUUAAUACCCGGGUAUCUGCCUCAUUGGGGUAAAGGGGACUGUGUUAGUUUUAUGAUAAUUGCCUGUUGGUAGCAAAUAGUCAUGAUGAGACGUGAGGAGGUGAGCAGAGACUGUGGGAGCAAGAGCUGUGUGGCUGCUGGGAGGUGCUCAGAUACACCGGAAAUGAGGUGAGGAGCUCACCAGCAGCCCACAAAGACCUUCCUGGCUGUCCUAGACAGGGCCAAGCAGCUCACAGUGGCCUUGGUAAGUACUGUCCCAUUCUCCAUCCUGGGCCAGUUCCUAAGCCUCUCCGGGCCCUGGGGUCUGGGAGGGAUAGGUCCUGCCUGGUCAGGCCAUUGAGACUUGGCUGUAGCCAGGUUAGUGAACUCAGCCUUCUCUGUGUAAGAUGCCUACACCCCAAGCUUGAACAGACAGGCCCUUACCUCAGAAGACUGUUCUCCCUCAUUUUGCUCAUCCUGAACUCUUAGGUGAGCCCCUAAUCAGUUCUUCUAAGGGCAACUUUAGGAAAAGCAGGGAUCCUGGGAAGGGAGGAGUAGGGUGGGGAUACUUUGCCUUCAUAGCAGCUCUUCCUAUUCAGCACUCUCCCCCCACCCCCAACUGCUUAGCUUCUGUAGUGAGUAGUCUAGGAACAUCACCUGACACAAGGGGUCACUCCUGGGCAGUGGUGGCUGGAGGUGAGGUCUGUGGUCUGUGGCUCAAAGUCAGAGUGAUAUCAGAGAUUCCCCCCAGGUAAUGGGUUUGAGCUACAGUGAGUACAGUAUAUAGCCUUGUUCAGGUCAUAGCUGCCCCUGGCCAUGCUCCUCCAUUUCCACAGCCAUCUCUGAUAACUAAAGGAACCCUAGGUAGAGAAGGAUCAGUGGGGCAGGGCAAAAACACAAGGCCUGGGGGUUUCCGGUGUGCUGAGUCAACCAGGGAGAAAGACCCCACCAGCUGGGCAAGAUCUGCAAGUAGAGCUGCAGGUGUGCACUAGUUCCUCAGUCAGCCCCCAGCGCUCAUUUUUUCUGUCCUCAGGUCCCUCUUCCCUGCUUUACAAGAUGAGGCCACCAGUGCCUUCAGCCCCACUAGCCCUCUGGGUCUUGGGAUGCUUCUCCCUGCUCCUCUGGCUGUGGGCACUGUGCACAGCCUGCCACAGGAAGCGGGCUCAAAGGCAACAAACUGGGCUACAGGGCAGUUUGAUACCAGUGGAAAUGUCACUGCUGAGACAGACCCACCUCUGCUCCCUCAGCAAGUCUGACACCAGAUUGCAUGAGCUUCACCAAGGCCCACGCUGCAGCAUAGCCCCACGGCCUGCUAGCAUGGAUCUCCUGCAUCCACACUGGCUGGAGGUAUCCAGGGGCAGCACCAGGUCUCAAGUAACUCCCUCUGCCUUCCCACCUCGGCAGCUGCCCAGGGCCCCUCCUGCUGCCCCUGCAACUGCACCUUCUACUAGCCCCGAGGCCACUUAUUCCAAUGUGGGGCUGGCUUCGAUUCCCAGGGCCAGCCUGGCUGCUAGCCCUGUGGUAUGGGCUGGAACACAGCUGACCAUUAGCUGUGCCAAGCUUGGGCCUGGGGCCGAGUAUGCCUGCAUCCAGAAGCGCAAAGAGACAGAGCAGGGCUACCAAGAAUUGCAGCAGAAGGCUAAGGUGAUCCCAACUACUCAGAUGGAUCUCCUGUACUCCAGGGUCUGCAAGCCUAAAAGGAGAGACCCAAGACCUGACACAGAUCAGCUGGCCCCCCAGGGUGGGAGAGCAGUUCUGGCCUUUGGGAUUGAUGUGGAAUAUGAGGCCAUCACUCUCAGGGGCCAGGAUAUGAACCAAGAUCCCUUAGAAAAUGUGUAUGAAAGCAUCAGGGAGAUGGGCCCCUGAGAAGUUGAGGCCUUACAUCCUGUUUAUUAACAUGAGUUGACAUAGUUAAGGGUACCAAGGCUUCUGCCUCAACAGGGUUUGAUUGCAGAUCCUUCUGUGUCCUUCCACCCCCACAGCUGACAGCACAAAUUUCAGGUCCAGUCCCUGUGGCCUAAUUAAAUCUCUGUCACAUAAGAUUGGCUCUCAGUUGCUUUUUUUGAAAGCUGGGAAGAUUGGAGUGGGAGUUUUCCAAAAGGGCUAUAGAUGUCCCUUUCUGACCUCUGGGAGAGUUUCCUCAUACCUGGUCCCAGGACCCUGAUAUCAUGACCUGGUUGUGAGACUCAGAAGUCAGUGGGCGGGAAGAAAGGCAAACAAGCCCUUUGCUGUGGUGGUUUCCCAGGCUGAAAGGUCUGGGACAGCAUGUCCACUUAGAAAUGUGAGAUCUGGACUCUCAGAUCCUCCUACAGCCUCUGCCACCAUCCCUUGAGGUUACAUAAGUAGGCAGAGGUAGACAGGCAGGCAUUAAAGAGUAACUUGCUCCUAGGAGGCUGGUUAGAAAAGUGCAGCCCUUUCCUAACCCUGAUAGCUCAGCGCUUACCCUAGUCCCUUGGGAAAACCAGCCCUCAGGCUGCAGUGUGCUGGGCUUAGCCUGAGUUGAGCCAGCCCCUCCACUACCGGGGCAGGGCCAGACACGGACCACUUAGGGUGCUUGCCUCGGGUGGGGCUUCGUAGUGGGUGUAGUCCGUCAGGCAGUUGUGGGUCUUGUGGGUGGAGGCUGGAUUCUGGGUGGGGGUUGGCUGGCCUGGCCCUGGCCUGUGGCACAGUCUGGAGAGUUGAGCCUUACCUCUGUAACAUAGGCUUCCAGACGACUGUGGAGGCCGAGCGCCCCCCGGAACUGGGUCGGGUCUGUGAACGUCACCCGCCCCACUCUCAGGGUCAGGACCUAGGGUCCAUAGCCUCUCCAGAACCUAGGGGGCUGCAGAUCACGACUCUGCCUGAAUGCAGAGGGCAUGAGUCAGCGCCAGGCUGGUUACUGUGCCCACACCACCACAGGUACCAGUGCGCAAGGGCACUGCCAAAGUUUCUUUCCCUGCAAAGAUGGUAUCAGGGCUGCACAAACUUUGGGCCCUGAAGGCGUUGCCAGCUGGGGGUGCUGCGUAGGCCGGCCAGUGUGUGUGGGUUAGGCCAAGUGGAGCUGAGAGGCCAAGCAGAUGCUUCCUGCCACCGGAGCAGGGGGCGGGGCUAGGGCGGGGCCGUGUAGUCCACACAGGCUGCAUCCGGUGUGGGAGUUGGGCGCCAAACAGAUUUGAGAUGGAGUCUGAGGUCCCUAGGCCAACUCCUCCACGGAGCCCUCCAACCCCUAUUUUCAGGGCCCUUCCAUAGGUGGCGGCCUUGUAGUCUUGGAGUUCUUAGAGCCACAGGAACCUCAGGCUGUGGACCUCAGGAAGCAAGUCUGGAGCCUCAGUAUGCUCCCAACGCCUUCUGAUCACAUCCCAGUGCCAGAAGUGAGUCUGGCUUGGAGCCCUGGAAGGAAGCCAACCACGUCUUCUCCAUCCACUCCAUCUUCCCCCGCUGCCCCCAGAAGCAGCCCACCUUCUGUUUGGGAGGCCACCCUGAGAAAAAGGAAGGAGACAGGCAGAGCCAGAAUGGAAUGAUGGGAAGAGGACUUCUCCUACACAGAGCUGGAUGUUGGUAUGCCACAGUGACCAAGCCUACCAGCAAGGUGAGGCCACAGAUGAAGAUUGGGGGCAGGUCUCAGAGCACUCUAGAGAGAAACAGAACAGGGCCUGUGACUCCUUCCAGAGAUGCCUGGCCCCCAACCACCUGGAGCCAUAGCCCACUGAGACCCAAGCCUACAUCCCAGCCCUGCCUGCUAAGCUUAGGGUCAACUUGAGGAAGCCCUGGGAUAAUGCCAAGAAGUGCCGGAAAGUGUAUGGCAUGGACCACAGGGACCUGUGUACACAGCCUGCCGCUGGAAGAAAGCCUACCAGCAGUUCCUGGACUGAGCCUACCCCAUAAUGUUACUGCCUGACCUUUCUCCACUCCCAGCCUGAAGCUACACCAAACCUGUGGUGGCUUUGAUGGCCCUGGACUCCUAGAGAUGGAGGAGUGACUGGCUACUCAAAGUGCCUUGGAAGAAACCAGCCUUUUGCACUAAAGCCAGACUGCAUGUUGUCCUUUUAGCUCCAGGGGCAGCUUGCCUCCCUGCCUCUCACUCACAGACUUGUCAAAGAUGUCAGUGGGCUCUACUAAAGCCUGUUUAAGUUGCACUUUGAGAGGUGUCAGGGAGAGUAUUCUCCUGCCCACAUUUAACAGUGGUGGUUCCAGGCCCCCCCUGGGGCUGACAUUUUACCAUGUUAAUGAAGCUCAGGUGUCUUGUGUUUGGGCUAUAUCAGUCAAGGAGAAAAAUUAAAAACUGUGGGGGUUGUUUGUUUGUU